AUGGGUGUUCUUCUCAGCUCAAGUAGCAACUACCUUCAAGCGGAAAGGAAGUCAGCGUUGCGCGCUGUGCGCUGUCUCGCGCUCUGUCUCCACGUUCAAGCAAAUGACAGGAACCUCUUAAGCGGAUGGCGCAGCAAAACAAGUACCAGUGUUUUAGCCCGGGCAACAAGAGAAGGCUUGGAGUCAUCCUGUUCUUGUGGAUCAUCGCGCUCUUGCCUCAUGUUGUCCCGGUUGAUGGAAGUGCUAGACACGGUAGAUGUAUGUGGAAAUGGUACCACGAGUUCUGGAAGCCUCUCCUUUGGUCCCCAAUGCUGCAGACGUGUUGAUGGCUUACUGUACCAGUCGUGGGUUCGCCAUGCAAACAAAACGGACCAACUUCUUAUAUCCAAGGAUGCAGCUACGGAAUGCUUUAUGGUUUUGGAGGCAGCCCUGGCGGCGGUCGGCUUUCCAAGAAACGGGUUAGCAACCUGCUUAGGGAAUAGCACCAAGCUGUGGAGACCUGCUUGCGGAGAUACUCUGACAACUGUAGCAGCUUUCGAGAAGUUGACGAACUAUUCGUACCCUGGAGUAGCUUCCGCUACUUGUUGGGACCAACCAUCAUGUGGGGUGUGUAUUGCAACUAUGGACUACGUUGUUUCGUCUCUACAAAAUAUUGACCAGACUGAUACAUCGCUCAUCAAUACAGCCGAGUGCAAAGAGCUUGCACAAAUUGCUCUUGUGACUGCUGCAUAUCCUCUCACGCUCGCCAAUAGCAUUGCCACAUGUCUAUGGGGUAAUCCUGUGGACUAUCUUCCACAAUCACCGUCAUGUACCGAUUUGGACUUCAACGUUCUGGAUUGGUCGGCAGCAUACAAGUCAUGCGGGCCCACUGCAUAUCGAAGCGAUUUAUGCUGCGAUAUUAUCUUCACGAUGACAAGCAUGUUCUGGUACGAGUAUGCCAACCGGACCGGUAUGCUCAAUUUUGAGGGACAGGUUUUGGCUUGCAGCGCCCAAUUCAAGGCAGAACUUGUUGCACACGGGUUGUCUGCGACUCUUUACAACCAAUGUCAACUGACCAGCUUUAUCUUCCUUUUUGCUCAGAGGUGCAAAAACUUUACAUCGACUCCCGUGGUCCUUCGAGAACAGUUGAAUGCAGUGUGUGAUUCCAAUCGAUGCAACAAAACGGGCAGUUGUCCUUUAGUUUUUCAACAAGUCUACACAAGCAUGGCAGGGCCUGGAGCAGAUAUAUACACGCAAGGCUUGUGUGGCAUAUUUUCUGCCGUUAGUUGGUAUGGUUCGCUAGGUUUAUCAGAGAUUCAGGAACGUAUUCAGUGCUACAAUGGCUUUCCGGAUGAGCUUCAAAUCCGCUACAGCGCUGCAAAAUCUGGCGGACAAAGGAAAGCUCACAGAAGUAGGAAAAAGGUACUUGUUUUAAGUCUAACCUCCAUACUAGCGCUUGGCAGCGUCCUAGCAUUGGCCGUCCUUGGGGUCGUCAUGUGGAGACGAGUAUGGCGGAGGGCAGAGCACUCCCAAUCAAUGCAGGACGAAAGCAUUUUUAGGGCGAAAUUGUUGGCAAAGUCCAAAAGCCUGGAACCCUUGCAAUGGUUCUCUCUGGGGGAGCUUGAAGCUGCAACAAAGAGUUUUGCAACUGAGCGAUUGAUUGGCGAGGGAGGAUCCGGAAAGGUCUAUUUAGGAGAGUUGUUGGAUGGGACACGGGUUGCAAUCAAGGAGAUUGCAAAGCCAUCUUCGAUGCGAGGUACUGAGGAGUUCAUGACGGAGGUGACUUCGAUGGGGUCUUGUAGACAUCGGCAUAUUCUUGGUAUCAAGGGCGUACAUGCUUCAAACGACCACGCCAUGUUGAUCUAUGAGUAUAUGCCUAACGGAUCAAUAGAAGACCAUUUAUUCGCUAGCGGGCCAAUCUCCGCAAGGCCUGCGCGUUCUCUGGAUUGGAAGCAGCGAUUCCAGAUCGCUUUGGGGACCGCUAAAGGGCUCAUAUAUCUGCAUGAGGAUUGCAAGCCUCGCAUCAUCCACCGGGACGUAAAACCGUCCAAUAUUCUCCUUGAUAAGGAGCUAGAGGCGAAAGUUGCUGACUUUGGGGUAGCGAAGUUUGCAAGGGAUGAGGACACGCAUGUCUCUACCGGGGUGAGAGGUACGUGGGGCUACUUGUCCCCUGAGUAUGUUGCGACUGGGCAAGUCUCCGAGAAGUCCGACGUGUACGCCUUUGGGGUCGUCCUGUUGUGCUUGGUGACAGGCCGACGACCAACCGACUCCUCUAGGAACGAUGAAGAGGUAUUCUUGACGGAGUGGGCUUGGACCGUGGCUAGCGGGGGCGACCUUCUAAGCCUUGUUGAUCCAGCCCUGAGGACAUCUGUGGACGAGCACAAAUCUAGCAUGCUGGCUGCGCUGCAAGUGGCUCUCCGUUGUGUCCACACGGUAGUCACUCUGCGGCCAACCAUGCGGGAGUGUCUCGCAAUGCUCUCUGAGCAAAUGGAUCUACCACCGUUGCCGCCUCCGCCUGCAACUUUGUUCACCGUGUCGUCUGGUCGUACUGGUAACACGUCCUGGUCCGAAGUCACAAAGAGUUCGAGUGUCCUUAGCACUUUAUUGGUUGAGAAGUAGGCCAGCACGUAGGAAAACCUCCGAAUGUUUUGGCCAUGCUCGAAGCUAGCAGUUAAUUUAUUGUGUCGACUAUUCAUACAAGCAUGCUUUUGCUUAUGUAAAGACAACAAAGUUCUAGAUUUAGAGCGCGCUUCAAGUCAAAGAGAGAAAACCCUUCAGUUAGAAGAGCUCGCGAACAUUUCAGCCUUGAAUUAGGCGAUAACGCAACUCCAGCUCAAGUUUAUUUCGAUCUUGCUUGUGGAUAUGGUGUCUGUCAAGAUCGUCGUCUGCGAUCUGAAAGCGUAUGUCAGGGGUCCCAUGUACUAACCAUGUUACUGAGCUUCGUGCAUAGAUAUGCAAGAAGCAUGUAGAUCA